CGUCUGGGAGCAGCUGAGGGUGCCUCCUUUUGUGUAUAUAACUGUCCUUGAUAUUCCAGCUCAUAUCACAUUUCACAUCAUCAACACUCUCAUCAAUAACACAAGCAAACAGUUCUCUGUGCAAACUCUCUUCCCCAACACACUCUUACAACCAACUUGAAAACUUCACAAGUUUUACAACACCACCAACCACCACCAUGCCUUACAGAACCCGCCACACUACUACCACCACCACCCGCCGCCGGGGCGGUCUCUUCAGCGGCAGCCAUUCCAAGCCUGCGCGCACCCACCGCACCCACCACACCACCGCGGCCCCGGUCCACCACCACAAGCGCAAGACGACCCUGAAGGACAAGGUCAGCGGCGCCAUGCUCAAGCUCAAGGGCACCCUCACCCACCGCCCAGCCCAGAAGGCUGCCGGUACCAAGCGCAUGCAUGGCACUGACGGCCGUGGCAGCAGACGCAGCACCCGCCUCACAACUCGCCGCCACUACUAAAUAGUCAAGUGCGGAUGAUGCGAGUAUUUCACGCCUGCCAUAUGAUAUAGGCGUGUAAUCAUAAUUAGCAGAGGUUGUGGCUGGCAGCAGAAACACGUGUGCCAGAAUGGUCUGGCCUCAUGAUUUAUGAGUUGUACGAUACCCCAUAGCGACCAAUUUCAAUACGAAAUAUAUCAAGACA